AAUUACCUUUUUUUUGUGUUUUGUCGCUGUUUAUUUGGUUUAAAAACGUGCGAUUUGUGUUGGAAAGUGUAACAUGCAAGCAUUCCUGAAAACCGGACGAACCACCGGCGCUGGAGAAAGCAGCUCCGCACCGAGCGAUGCAGGCCCUCAAUCGGCCAAGCGAGCACGCCACGCGAUUCCCUGGGUGGAAAAAUAUCGUCCCCGAAGCGUGGAAGAUGUUGUUGAACAAGCGGAAGUGGUCGCCGUGUUGCGAGAAAGUCUGUCCACGGCGGAUCUUCCCAAUUUGUUGCUGUACGGACCACCGGGAACGGGAAAAACGAGCACCAUUCUGGCCGCCGCCCGACAGUUGUUUGGGGACAUGUUCAAGGAGCGCAUUCUCGAGCUGAACGCUUCGGAUGAUCGUGGAAUCGCGGUCAUCCGGAAUAAGGUGAAAACGUUCGCACAGCUAACGGCGAGCGGUACGCGGGCCGAUGGCAAACCGUGUCCACCGUUCAAGAUCGUAAUUCUCGAUGAAGCCGAUGCGAUGACCCACGCAGCCCAGGCCGCUCUGCGUCGCACGAUGGAAAAGGAAACGAAAACGACGCGGUUCUGUCUGGUGUGUAACUACGUGUCGCGGAUUAUCGAGCCGAUCACAUCGCGUUGCACCAAGUUCCGCUUUAAGCCGUUGGGAGAGGAGAGAAUCAUUGAGCGGCUGCGUUACAUCUGUGACCAGGAGCAGGUGACGGUAGAUGAAGCCGUUUACAAGGACAUUGUCGACAUAUCUGGGGGAGAUAUGCGUCGGGCUAUUACCACGUUGCAGUCCUGCCACCGGCUCAAGGGUGCUGGUGCACGUAUCGAGCGUCAGGACAUACUGGAGAUGUCCGGUGUCGUCCCGGAACGGUAUCUGGAGGAGUUCCUGGCCGUUUGCAAGAGUUCGGAUUACAGCAAGCUGGAGGAGUACGUCCAGAACCUAUCAUACGAUGCCUACAGCGUGGGGCAACUGUUCGAGCAGCUCACGGAGUACAUAGUUUACAACGAUGGUCUCACCGAAAAACAAAAGGCGCUGCUUUGCGAAAAACUUGGCGAAUGUUGUUUCCGGCUGCACGGUGGCGGGUCCGAGUACAUCCAGAUCAUGGAUCUUGGUUGUGCUACCAUUCAGGCAUUGAAAAUCCAUUAACUACUUUACACAAAUAAAUCUAUCAACUGUUGGUCACGUGGAUGGUAAAAUAAAGAGAGAAUAGCAGUUUAUUGAAAGAUCG